AUGGCUGAUGGAAUCACCAGUGUGAUGACGUACUCGUCCAAGAGGGAUGAUUACGUGGAGGUCUUCAGCUUCGACCGCGCUAAGGACCCGCGCCUCGCAUCUCUGCCGGCAACGGUGCGUUUUGAGAAGGAGGCCUACACGAAGCAUGUGCAUGCUCCCGCCCUCGGGGGACAGGCUGAGAUCGAGUUCGAGCAGCGUUGCGACUGCAAGUCCGCCGAGAAGUUCGUGGAGCAUAUGAAGGGGAGCCAGAGAUGCCUUAUCGGCGCCGAGGCCGCGCAGCGGCUGCAGCAGUGGCCGAGGGGAGGGGUCGCGCUGCGGCCGGACGGGGGAGGGACGCUUGGCAAGCCCGUCCGGCUCUUCUCCAACUUCUCGCCCGUCCGCGUGAGGGAAGGCGGCGUGGAGGUGCACCAGUACUCGCUGGCGUACCUCAAGGGCGAGGGAGAGGAGCUCGAGCUCCGGACAACGCAGCGGCGGCGCGACGUGCUCCUCGAGUUCAAGGACAACAUCGACGUCGCUUUUGGCGUCCGCGAGGGGGCAGCGUGGGUGUGGGACGGGGACAAGAUCUUCAUCUCGACGCGGCGGAUCGACAGCCUCUCGAUGGAGCGGCCCGGCCUCAAGCUGACGUGGCAGUACGCGAGGUCGCUCCGGCUCGAGGGCGACCACCGGGAGGUGUACGACCUCGUGCUGCGGCAUGAGCAGUCGAUGAUGUUCAAGGCGGUCGGCAAGGCCAUCUUCAACCCGGACCGGCAGACCUGGCGAGACAGGUUCCAGAACCUGAACAAGACGCUGUGGCUCGGCCACCGGCAGAGCGUUGUCCGCGGCGAGGGCGGCACGCCUAUGCUGCUCGUCGACAAGGCGGUCACUUGCGUGCUGCGGCCGGUUAAACUCAUCGAGUUUCUCUGCGUCGAGCUCGGGCUGCGGCAGCACCGCAAGCUGAGCACGCAAGAGCUGGCCGCCGAGCUGCGCAAGCCAAAGGUGCUCGCCGACUACGCGGAGUGGAGCCAGCGCUGGGAGGAGCACAAGCGCAAGGGCAAGAGCGGCAUCGGUCCGAGCCGCCCCCUCACCGACGUGAGCGACAAGCUGCCGCGCGAGCACUUCUUCGAGACACCCCAGGAGCUGCGGCAGCAGCACCCCGCGGCUGAGAUCUCGGUGCAGGACUUCUUUCGGCUGCGGUACGGCAUCGAGCUGAAGCACCCCGAGCUGGUUCUGGUCGGGUUUGGGAAAGGCGGCCGUAACCUCGUCCCGAUGGAGCUGUGCGACUUCGUCGGGGGCGAGGCGGCGCGGCUGGCCACGGCGGAUGAGCGCUCCAAGCUGGUCAAGGAGACCUCGCAGCCUCCGGCGCAGCGACUCGAAGAGAUUCGGACAUUGCAGAGAGACGUCGGCCGCGACGCCACUUGCCGCGCGUUCGGGCUCGAGGUCGGACCGCUGCUGGACAACGUGCCCGGCCGCGUCCUUCCGGUGAUGAGCCUCGGGUACGGGCCCGAGAACAACCCGCGUGUCGCGAUUCCAGAGGCGGGCGGCAAGUUCCGCGGCAACUGGCGCACCCCGCCCGGCGCCACGUACAUCCGACCUGGAAACGUGCAGCGGUGCGUGGUGGGCCUUUUCCCGCCAUCCGGCAAGGAUCACCAGCACUUCCUCGACGUGGGCGGGCUGCAGCGUGGGCUCAGCGGGCUGAUUGCGGAUGCGGGGAAGCUGGGCCUGAAUCUCGACUUUGGGCCCCUCGUCCGCCUCGAGGGGAGGGAGGUCCGGCUUCAGGACCCCUCGCUGCUGAUGUGCCUCCGGGACACGUCCAGCGCCGAGGAGGUGGAGCAGGAGCUGGCGCGCGCCUUUGGCGAGCUGGGGGACAAUGCGUGGCAGCACCCCAUCCGGGCGACCAACAAGGCGCUCUGCUCGCGCAUCGGCAUCGCGGUGCAACACUGCAAGGGCUACUGGAGCAACCUGCUGGACAAGCUCAACCUCAAGGCGCUCGGCACAAACUACUACCCGCUGUGCGAGGUGCCCGGCGGCGGCUUGCAGCCCGGCUUGCAGCUGCUGCGGGAGUGCCCGACGUUGCUGCUCGGCUGCGAUGUCCACCACGCCGCGCCCGGCUCGAGCAGGCCCUCCUACGGCGCGCUGGUCGGCACGGUGGACAAAUUCUUCUCUUCCCACUACACCGAGGUGCGGGCAAUGACUGGCCGGCAGGAGUGCAUCCCGGUAGACGACAUGCAGAGCAUGGUGCGCGAGCAGCUGAAGGCCUUCUACCGGUACAACGGCAUACCUCCCCAGCGCAUCAUCUGCUAUCGCGACGGCGUGGCGCACAACCAGUUCGAGGAGGUGCACGAGGUCGAGAUACACGCGAUUGAGCGGGCGUGCCACGCGAUUGAGCAGGGGUACCAGCCUCAGAUCGUCUUCAUCGUGGAGCAGAAGGGCGGCGGCGCGCGCUUCUUUGCGAACGAGAAUGGGCGCGUGCCCGGCCAGCAGAUGGGCAACCAGCCUCCUCUCACGGUGGUCGACACUGUGGUGGUGGACGAGUCGACCUUCAGCUUCCACUUGACCCCUCACCACGGCAUGAAGGGGACGUCUCGCGGCAACCUGUACUCUGUGCUGCGCAACGACCCCAACCUCUCCUCCGACGACCUGCAGCGCUUCACGAGCCAGCUCUGCCACCUCUUCCAGCGCUGCAAGAAGAUCGUCUCCAAGGUUGCCCCAAACUACAACGCUCACCUCGCUGCGGAGAUGUGGGGGCUCAAGGAGGAGCGCGAAAGCUUCUCCGACACGGCCUCGGUCAGCAGCGACGCCGCCGCAUGCGACGUGCACGAGCGCCUGAAGACGCGUCUCUUCUACACAUGA